AUGUCAGAUGAAGUCAACAUCUUUAUGGAUCCUUUCCUCAAAAUCUACACAAAUCCUGAACAGAUAGAAGUAGCCGAUAACCUCACUGAAUCCUUUCAUGAGGAAAUUGUGUUGAAAGAGCAACAGAGAAACACAGAAUUGUUGGAGUCCCUAGGAAUCAUCCAAUCAAAAAUUAUUAAAACUAUGGAGAACCAACCAGAGAAACCCAAACAAAGUAGUUCACUGAACAUUGUUGAAUCAAAACUUAAUGACGUGAAGGAAAGAGAGAGGCUGAGAGAAAAGAAACAGAGUGAUAAAGAAAAGCAAGCGGAGAAAGAAGUGAGACGUAUAACAAAUGAAACAACUGUAGAUCAGUCAGAAAAAGCUGAAGUGUGUAGUUUUGACAUGAAACUGAUGGAAGAAUGUCUUGAGGUCCAAAAUGAGCAAACUGAGGCUGAGCAAUCAUGUGAAGUGACCAUGGGAAAACAACACGUGAAGGCUAUUGAUAAAGAGGAACAAAAAGAACAGAAAUGUUCAGUUCGAGGAGACAUCAGUUCCUGUAACGAGGAAGCAAAGGAAAUAAUUGAGUGUGGAAAAGCUACAGGCAAUCUCAAAACAAAACAACCUGACAGUGUCGAAACAGACCAUUUUCAAGAGCCACGUGAUGCUUUAAUGGAGAAAGAUAUUUUGGCAGAAAAACUCAGAAAGACUAAUCUCAGUGAACCGUUAAAUAAAGUUAACCCUAAAGAGGAACAUGUGGCGGUUAUGAUACAGAACCAAGAAUUGCUCAGUGGAGCAGUGUGUCCAGAUGCAAAGAAGUCACAAGACGACACAGAUAAUGUGUUUCAGUAUAAAGAAGAGAAGAGGGAAAGUAUAGACACAGCGACUAAAAAGCAAGAAGACGAGCAUGUAUAUGAAGUGCCUGAUGUUUUGCUCACUAGUUCUGCGGAAUAUCUGAAUGUAACAGAUAGUGUUAAAGAACAAUUCAAGAAACUGGACAACGUCACACUUCACAUUGCUGUUACAGGAUCGACUGGAGCAGGAAAAUCCAGCUUUAUCAAUGCAAUACGAGGUCUUCAACCCGAUGAUGUCAAUGCAGCUCCCACGGGAGUGAUUGAGACUACACUGACAUCGACAGUGUACGCACAUCCUACAAUGCCCAAUGUCAAAUUAUGGGAUCUGCCAGGGACCGGGAGUCCCAAAUUUAAAGCUAAAAAAUAUCUAAAGGAUGUGAAACUUGACACCUUUGACUUCUUCAUCAUCAUCUCCUCAGAGAGAUUCAAAGAAAAUGACAUCAUGCUGGCUAAAGCAAUUAAAGAGAAGAAGAAAUUGUUCUACUUCCUCCGCUCAAAGCUUGACAAUGACAUUCAAGCGGAAUCGCAAAGGAAAGACUUUGAUGAGCAGAAGGUUCUCUCCCAAAUUCGUGAGGACUGCCAAAGAAACCUGAAGAAUAUGGAUAACCCAGAAAUUUUCCUGAUCUCCUCAUUUGAAUUGCACAAAUAUGAUUUUCAAACCCUCAUCGACACACUAGAGAAGCAACUACCUGCUCACAAGAGAGAUGCUUUGAUUUUGUCUUUGCCAGUAUACUCCUCCAAGAUUCUGGAGCAAAAAACUGAAUUGUUUAUGAAGCAAACCUGGUCAGCAGCUAUCGCUUCUGGUUCUAUUGCUGUGGCUCCAGUGCCUGGUCUUUCCAUGGCUUGUGAUGCUGCCAUUUUGCUGGCUUUCUUCACCAAGUGUUACUAUGCAUUUGGCCUGGAUGAUGAAGCAAUAGAUAAGCUGUCGGUGAGGGUCAACAAUCCAUCGCUAAAAUCUGUGAGAAAGUCACCUCUAGUGGUCGCUAUUGGGCAAAAGAAACUCAGUAAUAAUGAGCUAUCAGCACUGACAAGUAAGAAAGCAGCUGUUAAAUUUGCGUGGAGUAUGGUUCCUGUUGUAGGGAGUAAAAAAACAGCGGAAAUGUCUUAUUCGACAACACUAAACCUUCUGCGAGCAGGAGUUCAGGAUCUUGCUGAUACAGCCAAAGAAGUGCUGAAAGUGGCGGGUUUGACUGAUGUCUACUAAGAUCACAGAUCGAGAUCAGACUCAAAAGGUCAUCUCACUGAUAAUUGUGGUUAAGACAUUUUGACAUAUUGUGUGUAUUCACAAUCAUUCAUAGCAUACUCUAUGUAGGCUAUAUGCUGUCAUCCAAGAAGCUGAGCUGCAUGCAUCCAAUAGGCUAUAGCUAACAGUUCUGAAUAUGUUUCUUUUUCAUCUUAAAAAUGUAUAGAUUACUUUUGUUCAUUGAUUUAUUUGCUAUGGAGCACAAUAUACAUUUUAUGUCUGUGAUAUGGACUCAGUGUUCAUAGGAUGUUAUUUGUUAGAUUCUGUGCUGAGUGUGUGUAGAAACUAGCUUCCACUGCUUGAUAGUUUUAAGAUGUUCAAGUGUAUGUAAAUUAUUAACAGGAAUCUGGUCACAAUUAGCUGACAGUUCAAUUUUUCAUCGUUUUUAUUAUGUAGACUUUAAUGAUUUUUGAUGAUGUAUAAUGUCUCAGAUAAUAAAAAUUAAAUGCUGUAUGUAGUUUUUAUUGGUUAUUGGAGCUGUUAAAACAUUAGCAACAUUAGCACCCUUUUUAAUUUCAAGGCAACAAAUAUAUAUUGAGACAGAAUUUUUAUGUUCUAUUUUUUCAUCUUUGUUUUAUUGACAACUUAGAAAAAUCAAUAGAGUGUAGCCUAGCACUAU